AUGGUUUCGAUCAAGCUUCAAGCUGGCAAUUAUUUAUUGUGGAAGAAUCUUUUUCUUCAUGUUCUUCGCAAAUACAAGCUCCUUGGCCUUCUCACUAGUGCUGAUCCGCGGUUGUCGAGGACAAUUGUUAAUGCUGUUGGUUGCACUAUUGAUAAUCUUGCCUUAGAUCUAUGGUAUGAUAAGGAUCAAUCACUCAUGAUCUGGAUCAUCUCCACUAUCUUGACGGAUUUGUUAUCUCAUACGGUCGGCAUUGAGUAUUCUCGUGAUCUCUGGGAGAUGUUGUAA